CCAUUUUGCGAUAGAGGUUGCCCAUCUUGAGAAAUUUCAUGAUCCUAGCCGUAUUCCCCCAGAUUCUCCUCGUUUUGCUCUUUCCGGUAACGCUUUCUUACCAAGAUGCCGUCUGUAACUUUAAAAGAUGUGGAUCAGCAAAAAUUUGUGAAGGCCUUUGCAGCCUUUCUGAAAAAAACUGGCAAAAUGCGUGUGCCAGAAUGGGUGGACAUUGUGAAGACGGCCAAGUUCAAGGAGCUGGCUCCCUACGAUCCUGAUUGGUAUUACAUCAGAUGCGCAGCCCUGGUGCGUCACAUUUAUAUUCGCAGCCCGAUCGGCGUCGGUGCCGUUACAAAGAUCUUUGGUGGACGCAAACGCAAUGGUACUCAUCCCAGUCACUUUUGCCGAUCGGCGGGUGGUGUUGCGCGCAAGGCACUCCAAAGCCUGGAGCAGCUGAAGUUGAUCGAGAAGGCACCUCUUGGUGGACGUAAAUUGACUAGUCAGGGACGCAGAGACUUGGAUCGAAUAGCUGCGCAGGUUAAAGCUAAGAGCAAAAAACAGCUUAAGCUUCAAGAGAUUGUACUUUAAUAUUAUUUUAUGUUUCUAUAAUAAAAUUAGAAAACAUUUAA